AUGGCAUUCUUUGACCCCUUCCUCAGUAAUAGGGACGGGCGCAGAGACAGCAAUCUCGGCGCUCCCCUCGACCCCGAUGAAGAACCGGCCUCUCUUCCGUCGGCUUCCGCCGCCACUUCGUCUUCGCCCUCUUCCUGUCCAGUCUCGCUGCCCGCUGCGGAUGCGGGCGACGCUUCUCACAGCAGUAGUUUCUCCGAAGACAGAGGCGAGAGCAGCUUGGAAGACAGCGCCCCUGCCUUUGACCUGAAGGCUUUCCACCGCCAUGUGCGCGACGCGGACAGCUUUGACGAAAGUUCACAAGCUGUGGCACACGCACCCAGCUUGGAUGAGAGUCGAGAAAACACAUGCCCCUCAAAUUUGGCUUCCAUUCCUCACCUGCCUUCCUUCGGAGGCGACUUGGACGAGGACCGGGCAGCCGAUUCGAGGAAAGGCGAAGCUCGCGCUCGGAAACCCCCGCCACGUUCGCAGGAAGAUGAUGAACUCAGGAGCGAAAGACGCUCGGCAACGCCCUCUGCUUUUGCCUCCGAAGCGCCUUCGCAGGGAAGCCUUUCACAAGCAGAUGCCUCGUGGCUAGACGUUCCAGGUCCUUCGUGGGAGGCUCUGGACCAGGAGGCGAGACGGGAGCCCUUUCGAUUCAUAGAUUUUGAGGUUGUUCCUUGUACCCCGGUAACGGAAUUGCCGUACCUGUCUUCGCUGUGUCCGAACGCUCAGCAAGAGGUAGCGAAGAAGAUGCGGCCAGAUGUGCUGCGGCCAGCAGAUUCCUUGCAGCUGCCGCUUUACCAAGCGGAGCUUCUAAUGGGUCGUGGGAAGAUGAAGAUAAAGUUUCCCUCCUUCUACGAAAUCGCCAUCAUUGAUGCGCUUAUCAAGGAUCCCCUCACCGUCGACCUCGCUGCUCACUGCCUCUUCUAUUUCGAUCUCGGCCUCCACCUUUGCUCGCUGCUGCCCCCUUACGAGUGGCCUGUCCAGCACUUGCAGGAAACCUUGAGGAACGCGCGCCACCGUCGGAGGGUGCACAUCAUUACGCACCACAAAGUUCUUGAAAAGCAGUUUAUUGGGCGCUUGACAUUCCCAGAAGUCUGCAUCCUGAAAGAACUUCAGAAGGAUCAAGCAGGUCCGCGAGGCCCAUUUGGCGGAUGA